AUGGCUGCACAGUCAGCGCCGAAAGUUGUGCUAAAAAGCACCACCAAGAUGUCUCUAAAUGAGCGCUUCACUAAUAUGCUGAAGAACAAACAACCGAUGCCAGUGAAUAUUCGGGCUUCGAUGCAGCAACAACAGCAGCUAGCCAGUGCCAGAAACAGAAGACUGGCCCAGCAGAUGGAAAAUAGACCCUCUGUCCAGGCAGCUUUAAAACUUAAGCAGAGCUUAAAGCAGCGCCUGGGUAAGAGUAACAUCCAGGCACAGUUAGGCCAACCCAUAGAGGCCUUGGCCAGGGGAGCAAUCGGAGGACGAGGCCUGCCCAUAAUCCAGAGAGACUUGCCCAGAGGAGGACCACGUGGGGGACGUGCCACAAGAACCCUACUUAGGGGCGGGAUGUCGCUCCGAGGUCAAAACCUGCUCCAAGGUGGACGAGCCAUAGCUCCCCGAAUGGGCUUAAGAAGAGGUGGUGUUCAAGGUCGUGGAGGUCCUGGGAGAGGGGGCCUAGGGCGUGGAGCUAUGGGUCGUGGCGGAAUCGGUGGUAGAGGUCGGGGUAUGAUAGGUCGGGGAAGAGGGGGCUUUGGAGGACGUGGACAUGAACGAGGGAGAGGUGCCCUUGCUCGCCCUGUGUUGACCAAGGAACAGCUGGACAACCAAUUGGAUGCAUACAUGUCAAAAACGAAAGGACACCUGGAUGCCGAAUUGGAUGCCUACAUGGCUCAGACAGAUCCUGAAACCAAUGAUUGAAGCCUGAUCUCCUUCCUAUGAGAGACUCUUGUUAAAGUCACCACAUCUGUAAAUAACCUUGAGCAUAACAGCCGAGAAGAAAUUUGAUUGAUGCUUGAUGGACCUGUCAUAAUAGGCUAUGGACUUGCCACCAGUUUGUGCAUUUAGGUGUUCCUUUCACUUUUUGAUACUGUGUUGUGUGAAAAUUUUUUCCCCACUUCGAUUUGGUUGGGGUUUUGGGUUUUUGGUGUUUUUGUUUUCUACCCUUUGCUCAGACUUUGAACACAAAUGUGUUGGCCUUGUGGCUAGAAAACCUUCCUCCUACCCCUCCUUCCCCUCACUUGUCAUAUGCUGGGACACUAACAUUUCUUCCGUUCAUCUCUUUGCUCCCACAGAAAGGUCCCAGAAAGAGCCAGCGUUCUCCCCAGUGCCUUGGUUUCUGAGUUUGUAUAGUUCUGUUCUAACACCUUUAAUAGCCUCUUAGAAGUGUUUAGAAAUCUGGAGCUCAAAAAGGCAUUCUGCCACAUUGAUAAUUGGAAACCAUUGCCACAGGGCCACAUAACAGUGUGCAUGUGGUAGCAGCUCUGAUUUGACUGAAGUUAUUACCCUGUGCACUGGGCCCACACAGAUGAGACCAUUUUGGGCUGGUUGAGUACAUGCACUUUCUAUCUUCAUGAGAGAUAUACAGACUUCUUUUGGCUUUAUUAUGUCAUAUCCCAGAGGGGUACCAUUGGGUUGUCUUACACCUGCAAUACAGAGGAUGGAGGAUGGUGGCAGAGGAGCUGCUGGGAGGGGUCAGGAGAUAGCCAUGUUGGAAUGCAGUUGGCUUCAUGUUUAUCCCACACCAGUCUUGGGCUUUUCCACUCACUGGCUUUGGCCCUUUUUGUAUCUUCCUUGAAGGUUUAAAUUCAACCAUAUUCUGUCAACUUCCAGUUUCAGUGAAAUCUUGUAUUUCUGGUUC